AUGCAAUGGUCAAUCAAUUGUACAGAACAUAACGCUGAGUUCAGCAUUGAUACAGAACACCAUGCCAAGGUCAGCCAUGAUACAGAACGGCCAAAAUCAGCCAUGAUACAGAACACCAUGCCAAGGUCAGCCAUGGUACAGAACACCAUGCAAAGGUUCCACCGCCCACAAAUCAGCAGUUUGUACAGAAGAGUUGGGUCUCUGACCAUAAUUACCUCCAGUAGGAUGCCAAAAACAACCAAAUCAAGGUUAAAAGCGUCCAGAUACAGUCCUAAAGAUGUCAAAAUGAAUCAAAAGACAGGACAGGGCUCAGUCACCAGCACCAAAACAGGAAGACAAGAGCCCACUACUGACACUAUAUCUGUUCUAAUAGAUAGUCUGGAGACCAGAUUUGCAGCAAAUCAAAACAGUCAGUAUGCUGCUGUAAUAAAACAGUACAUGAGGGGCAAGUUUGAAUUCUAUGGUAUCAAAGCACCAGAAUUGAAAAGCAUUGUUAAGGAUGUGCUGGAUACACACCCCAAAUUGACCACUGACCAAGUACUUGAAUUCCUAUGGAGAGCUUGGCAGCAACCAAACCGAGAAUUCCAGACCAUGGCCACAAAUUAUGCCAUGAACAACAUAAACAUUCUGAUUGGUUCAGACUUGAAGAAUUGUAGGCAUUGUCUAGAUACCAUACAGAAACUCAUCACCCACAAGAGUUGGUGGGACACUGUAGAUAUGCUAGCAUGCAAUGUUAUUGGUCCAAUGGUUGCCAGACACCCUUAUGAACUAAGUCUUGUGAUGGACAGAUGGGUGGAAGACAACAACAUGUGGUUGAGGAGGACAGCGAUACUUCAUCAGCUGAAAUAUAAGGACAAAACUGAUUCACAGAAACUCUUCAGGUAUUGUCUGUUACGGAGCGAAGAAAAGGAGUUCUUUAUCCAGAAAGCUAUUGGCUGGGCACUAAGAGAAUAUGGUAAAACAAACAAGAAGGAUGUGAAAGAGUUUGUGAUGAAAAAUAAAGAAGCUUUAUCUAACCUCAGUGUCCGAGAGGCACUGAAACAUAUUAAGUAA